AUGGCUACACCCACCACGGAACAGGAGGACCGUCGUCCUGAGAAAGAGGUCCCCGCGGUCACCUCGGAUCCUGAGGCUGGCCAUGAUGCCCCCGUCACCGGAAAACCUUGGAUGUAUAGGCCGCUGAAGGUUGGCCCUUGGACCUUGCCCUACUUCGCCUCCCCAGAAAUGCAGCUCCUCCUGGUCUCCUUCGUGUGCUUCCUCUGCCCUGGUAUGUACAACGCGGUCACUGGUCUAGGCGGCGGUGGUCAGCUGGACCCUACCGACGUCAGUGAUGCCAACACGGCCCUGUACAGCACUUUCGCGGUGGUGGGAUUCUUCGCAGGCUCCAUCGCGAACCGUAUUGGCCUCCGCCUUACUCUGUCCCUCGGUGGUUUCGGUUAUUUCCUCUAUGUGGCUUCGCUUCUGUCGUAUAACCACAAUAAAAACUCCGGCUUCCUAAUCUUUGCUGGUGCACUACUGGGUGUCUGUGGCGGUUUGCUGUGGUGCGCGCAGGGUGCAGUCAUGAUGAGCUACCCAAACGAAAAGGACAAGGGGAAAUUUAUUGCCAUUUUUUGGGUAAUUUUCAACCUGGGUGGUGUGAUUGGCAGUUUGGUACCAUUGGGUCAAAAUCUACACUCCGAGGCAGGCCAGGUGAAUGAUGGCACCUACAUUGCCUUUAUGGUGCUCAUGGCUGCCGGAUUUGUCCUUGCCUGGGGCCUUUCGGACUCUAAGUAUGUUAAACGCAGCGAUGGUUCUCAUGUCAUUGUGAUGAAGAACCCAACCUGGAAAUCAGAGCUCAAAGGUCUUUAUGACACCCUUCUCACCGACUAUUACAUUGUUCUGUUUUUCCCGAUGUUCCUGGCGAGCAACUGGUUUUCUGCCUAUCAAUUCAACAGUGUCAAUGGCGCUUAUUUUAACAUUCGAACCCGGGCCCUCAACAAUCUUCUUUACUGGCUCAUGCAGAUGGUUGGCGCUUUUGUCUUCGGGCAGCUUUUGGACGUGAAGUUUCUUUCCCGCCCAUCCCGAGCCAAGCUUGGCCUUAUUCUCCUUUUCAUUAUCACCAUGGGUGUUUGGGGUGGUGGGUAUGCGUUCCAAACAGGAUACACCCGAGCAACAGUGCAGGCCGAUACCGACUGGACGACGAGUGGUUUUGUUGGACCCAUGUUCCUGUACAUGUUCUACGGGUUUUACGAUGCGGCUUUCCAGACUUGCGCAUACUGGUUUAUGGGCUCACUUACCAAUAACGGCCGCAAGUUGGCCAACUUCGCUGGCUUCUACAAAGGAAUCCAAUCUGCUGGCGCCGCUGGCAUGUGGCGGAUGGAUGCUGAGAAGACUCCUUAUAUGACCGAACUGGCCUCUUGUUGGGGACUCCUCGCAGCCAGUCUCCUCAUUGCAGCCCCAGUGGUGUUUUUAAAGAUCAAGGAUCAUACAGAUAUGGAAAUUGAUCUCAAGUUUUCGGAUGAAACCGCUCAGGAGGUGGGCGUUCCGCUGCAAGAGCAAACCUCGGUGAAGAAGGAUGAUGAGAAGGGAGAAUCUCUUACUUAA